UUUAUUUCCUCUCUCUCUCUCUCUUUCUGUUCUAGCUUGCACUGUAACAACACCACUACCUUGCUGACACCUUCAACAAUUCAUAUUUCUCUCUCUUGAUUCUUUCUUUUUGAAAAUUUUCAAACAGUUCACACUUCAAAGCUCUAUAUCAUCAUCAAAUCCAUACAUCAAAAUAGUAAUGCUGUUUUGAGUAAGAGUUUCUGUCACCUUCUACAACAAGGUAAAUGCACCAUGGCUUUUGUUCUUGUUAGGUCUAACUCUCUAAUCAAACCAUCAAACAAGCAUUGAAUUUUCGUUUCCAAUCAUUGAAAAAAAAAAAAUAUGGACAGGAGAUCCAUCUAACAAAGCUCCUGCAUGUCUUCUUUGGCCACCAGAAAUAUUAUGAUCUUAAAAACCAUAUUGCACUGCUAGUUAUCCAUUAGAAUUGUGGAAAAAUAUUCAUGGGGUAAUGGUGUUCUUCCCAAGUGCUAUUUCAGCUGGGUUUCUUGCUGUGCAGUCAAUAGCUAUUUAUAUUAGUGCAAAAAGAUUCCACCUUUAUUUUCUGUAUAAGAUAACUAGUGUCUGGGUUUCAUGGGGUUCUCUUCAUCACAAUUCUUCAUUGGAUUUCUUCUUGAGUUUGUGGUUUUGGCAUGCCUAUGGUUGCAAGUUUCAAGCUUUGGCUCCAUGUCUUCUAUGGCAGCCUCCUAUGGUGACAAACAUGUUUUUUGUGGACUGAAACCAGAUGGGUCUCAUACUGUGACCUGUAAUGGAACAAACUCAGCCAUAAUUCAUGAAACACCAGCUCAAUUUCAGUUCCUUGGUCUAACUGGUGGCGAUGGCUUUGUGUGUGGGAUUCUAAUGAGUUCUAAGCAACCUUAUUGUUGGGGUAGAAAUCCUUUUAUUACAAAAAAACUUUAUGUGCCACAACGUUUGGUUAAAGGAGCUCAGUACCUAGAAAUCAGUGCUGGGGAUAACCAUCUUUGUGGAUUGAGGAAACCGUUGAUUUGGGGGAAAACGGAAAGGAAAAAUUCAAUUGUUGAUUGUUGGGGCUUCAACAUGAGCCGUACCUAUGUGUUUGAUGGAAUGAUUCAAUCAAUCUCAGCUGGCUCUGGUUUCAACUGUGGCUUGUUUUCUCAAAACAGGACUGCAUUCUGUUGGACUCAUCAUGAUGCUAAUAAUCUAGCAAUUCUUGCGGUUCCUCGGGGCAAGAGAUUCCGGAAGCUUGCUGCUGGUGGGAAUCAUGUGUGUGGAAUCCUAGAAGGGGUGAAUUCUAGGACUGUUUGUUGGGGAAGGAGCUUGGACGAAAUGCCUGUGAAAAUGGCGAAAAUCACAUCGAUACAUGCAGAUGCAGGACAAGGCCUAGGUAAUGUUUUAUUGCCUCCAAAUGAGUCCAUGAUCUCUAUAGUAGGAGGAAGGUUCCAUGCCUGCGGCAUUAAGACCAAUGAUCUUGGAGUCAUUUGCUGGGGUUAUACCGAUGGCCAAGGAACACCGCCAAGUGGGACUAAAAUAACUGAUAUUGUUGCUGGUGACUAUUUCAAUUGUGCAAAUCUUGCUGAGAAAUCUAAUCAGAUUCUUUGUUGGGGUGUUGGAUUCUCUAACUCUCUUCCAAAGCCAGCUGUGUUGCCAGGGAAGUGCAAUUCCAAUUCAUGUCCUCCAGGUUCCUAUGAAAUGGAGCAGCAUAAGGAUAAGGGUGUUUGCAAUUCAUCAAAUGCUCACUUUUGUGUUCCUUGCAGUGGUGCUUGUCCUUAUGAAAUGUAUCAGACAAGUCCUUGCAAUUUGACAUCUGAUAGGAUAUGUGAAUAUAACUGCUCUGCUUGUGUCUCACCUCAGUGCUUCUCCAAUUGCUCCCCUUCUUCUCUCAGUUCUCCUCCCACCAGGAGUAGCAAAGAUGAAAGAUUCUGGUCUCUCCAGGUGCCGGUUGUUGUUGCGGAGAUAGCUUUCGCAAUUUUCAUGGUUAGUGUUCUAUCUACAACUGCAGUUUUGUAUGUUAGGUACAAGCUUAGAGAUUGUCAGUGUUCAGCAACAAGGUCAUCAAAGGUGAAGAAACAUAAUGUGAGUUCUUCUUCACUUCAAAAGGAGAAUAGUAAGACUCGUCCGGAGAUUCGGAAGGCUAAGAAGUUUAACUAUGAAGAACUUGAAAGGGCAACUAGUGGAUUCAAAGAAGAAUAUAUAGUGGGGAAGGGAAGCUUUUCAUGUGUGUUCAAGGGUGUUCUGAAAGAUGGAACAGUUGUUGCUGUCAAAAGAGCCAUAAGGUCACAGAAGAGUUCCAAUGAGCUACAAACAGAACUUGACUUGCUCUCAAGGUUGAACCAUGCACAUUUGCUCAGUCUCCUAGGAUAUUGUGAAGAAGGAGGAGAGAUAAUUCUUGUUUAUGAGUUUAUGGCUCAUGGUUCUUUGCACCAACACCUCCAUGGCCAAAACAAGGAGUUAAAAGAACAGCUUGAUUGGAUCAGAAGGGUAACAAUUGCAGUCCAAGCAGCACGAGGAAUAGAGUAUCUCCAUGGCUAUGCUUGCCCUCCUGUGAUUCAUAGGGACAUCAAGUCUUCAAACAUUCUCAUUGAUGAAGAACACAAUGCAAGAGUGGCUGAUUUUGGUUUAUCAUUACUUGGCCCUGCAGAUAGCAGCACCCCACUUGCUGAGCUACCUGCCGGAACACUCGGCUAUCUUGAUCCCGAGUACUAUAGGCUUCAUUAUCUCACAACAAAAUCAGAUGUCUACAGCUUCGGUGUCCUACUUUUGGAACUCCUAAGUGGUAGAAAAGCCAUUGACAUGCAGUAUGAUGAAGGGAACAUAGUUCAAUGGGCAAAGCCUCUAAUCAAAUCAGGGGAUAUUGCUGCAAUCCUUGACCCGGUUCUGAAACCUCCUCCUGAUCUUGCAGCCUUGAAGAAGGUUGCCAUUGUGGCUUGCAAGAGUGUGAGAAUGAGAGGGAGGGAUAGGCCUUCAAUGGACAAAAUAACAACAACUUUGGAGCAUUCUCUUGCAAGGUUAAUGGGUAGCCCUUGUACUGAACAACCAAUUUUGCCAACUGAGGUGGUUUUGGGAAGUAGCAGAUUGCACAUGAAAUCAUCUCAGAGGUCUUCAAACAGGUCAGAAAUCGAUGUUGGAGAGAACGAGGAUCAGAGGUAUGAGUUUAGAGCACCUUCAUGGAUAACAUUUCCAAGUGUGACUUCUUCUCAGAGGAUAAAGUCAUCAAGCUCAGAGGCUGAGGUUGAUGUGAAGAAUAAUAACGGUAAUGUUUGUGAAGGGAAGAUCAUAAACAUUGGUAAUAACAAUGUUGGAAGUGGUGGUGAUGUUUUGAAGAGUCUUGAGGAAGAGAUUGGUCCUGCUUCUCCCCAAGAAAAGUUGUUCUUGCAGCAUAACUUCUAACGUUGAUAACAUGGGAACUUUUGUGUUUUUAGUUGAGUUUUCAUGAUAUGAAUGCAACUCUUAACUUGAGUAUUGACAUUUUUUUUCUAUUUAUGGAUAGUUGUGGUUCAGAAUUUUAGUAGGGAUAUCAUUUUCUUUUCAUGCAACUAUAGUUGGGAUGUAGUAGUAGACUAGUACUAUCGUGUUAAUGCAACUAUCAUCAUAAUUUAUUUAUUGUAAAGGUUGUCAUCCGUGUUUAAUGAAUGACAAUUUAACAUU